UCGGUGAAACAAGCACGCGAGUUACCGAAACACACAGGCGGCUCUCAGAGGGACCACCGAGCAGAAACGAGUUGCAACGGGGGCAGACUGUAUAGACGUAGCGGGCACAGCUGAAUAUUAGCGUGCUGGCUGGAAGAUGGGGUCGGUAACACCUGCACUUUCAACGGAGCUGUACGAUACCGAAAUGUACGAGUCGCACCCGACGACCUCGGACACGGAACUACGCACUUGUGGGCCCGGGUCGGCCAUUAAUGAAGUGGCGGUGUCUGCAGACUCGGCCUUGCGACAUCACGCGCCGAUGGUCGCCUCGUGGGCCUGAGUCGUGACGAUUCACGGGAGCUUUCCCUUCGCGCUUUCGGCGGAAACAACGCAGACGUCGUGUUCUCCCCGCCCCACCUUCGCUUAUAACGCGCUCUCUCUUUAUUUCUUUUCUAGGUGGCGUAACGCGCGUCUUGUUUACAAGCAGACGCCAGGCUCACGACACCGGAAGCACCGAGACCCGCCUCUGCACAAUCAUUGGACAGCGCGUGUGCGAUGACCGCGCUGAUUGGCCAAUCUUUCCGCAGCCCCUUUACCUUCCUGUCCGCAGUUGGCGGCAGUGCCGUUUCGAAGACUCGCCUGUGUCCGGCGUCUGUCGGCUAUCUGAGCGUAAGGUGUGCAAUGGGGAGCAGCGUGAACCUGGGACUGGAGCUCCGACGAUGCUAGGACUACCAUGGGCAGCGUUACACUGCGCUAUUUCUGCUAUGGGUGUCUCUUCACGUCGGUGACCUGGACGCUGCUUCUGUUCAUUUACUUCAACGUUAGCCAAGACAGCCAUGUGCCCCUCCAGGGGGGCGGCUCUUCGCUCCACUUUCCCAGGAAGUUCCAGCCCCGUUUCACUCACUUGGCUGGCCGAGGGCACAAGUCCAACAAGGACGCGGUGCGCAACCCCGAGGCCGGGCUGAAGAAGGGGGCGCUGUCUCCGGAGCUGGGUAUGAUAUUUAAUGAGCAGGACCAGGAAGUGAGAGACACGGGGUACCACAAGCAUGCCUUCAACGUGCUCAUCAGCAACCGCCUGGGUUACCACCGGGAGCUGCCAGACACCCGGGACCCCAAGUGUAAGGACAUGAAGUACACGGGGGGGCUGCCCUCGGCCAGCGUCGUCGUCUGCUUCUACAAUGAGGCCUUCUCGGCCCUGCUGCGGACCGUGCACAGCGUCUUGGACCGAACUCCUGCCCACCUGCUGCAUGAGAUCAUUUUGGUGGAUGACAGCAGUGACCUGGAGGACCUGAAAGCAGAGCUGGACGCCUACGUGGCAAAGCGCCUGCCCAGAAACGUCAAGCUGGUGCGUAAUGGGCAGCGAGAAGGACUCAUCAGGGGCAGGAUGAUCGGAGCGUCGCAUGCUACCGGUGACGUGCUGGUGUUCCUGGACAGUCACUGCGAGGUCAAUGACAUGUGGUUGCAGCCUCUGCUCGCUCCGAUUCAGGAGGACCGACGGACGGUGGUGUGUCCCGUGAUAGACAUCAUCAGCGCCGACACGCUUCUCUACAGCUCCUCGCCCAUCGUGAGGGGGGGCUUCAACUGGGGCCUGCACUUUAAGUGGGAUCCGGUCCCCCUGUCAGAGCUGAAUGGCCCAGGUGGGCCUGUGGCACCGAUAAGAUCUCCAACGAUGGCCGGCGGCCUGUUUGCCAUGAACAGGAAGUAUUUCAUCGAGCUGGGCCAGUACGACGGUGGUAUGGACAUCUGGGGUGGAGAGAACUUGGAAAUCUCCUUCAGGAUUUGGAUGUGUGGCGGUAGACUGCUCAUCCUUCCCUGCUCCAGGGUCGGGCACAUUUUUCGUAAGCGACGUCCCUACGGGUCGCCGGGCGGUCAGGACACCAUGGCGCACAACUCCCUGCGGCUGGCUCACGUCUGGAUGGACGAGUACAAGGAGCAGUACUUCGCCUUGCGUCCCGAGCUGAGGAACCGGAGCUUCGGCGACAUCGGCGAACGUCUGGCUGUGCGGAAACGGCUCAACUGCAAGUCUUUCAAGUGGUACCUGGAGCACAUCUACCCCGAGAUGCAGGCUGCGCCCCCCAAUGGCAAAGCCCAGCAGCCCAUGUUUGUUAACAAGGGGCUCCGCAGGCCGAGGGUCCUCCAGAAAGGAAGGCUCCAGAAUCUGCUGGCCGACAAAUGCCUUGUGGCACAGGGCCGUCCGACUCAGAAGGGAGGGAUGGUGGUGGCCAGAGAAUGCGGCCCGGAGGACGCCGAUCAGGUGUGGACGUACGACGAGGAGCAGCAGCUGGUCUUGGCCGGCCUGCUCUGUCUGGACGUGUCGGAGACUCGAUCAUCUGAUCCGCCGCGUCUGAUGAAGUGCCACGGUUCUGGGGGCUCGCAGCAGUGGACCUUUGGGAACCGGCGCCUCUACCAAGUGUCUGUCGGGCAGUGCUUGACCCUCGUUGACCCGGGCAGCCGCAAAGGCUACGUCACCAUGGCGAUCUGCGACGGCUCUCUGUCCCAGCAGUGGCAGCUGGUGGAGUGACCAGAGGAGGGCGGGCGGGGGCGGACGGUUAGCAAUUUUAACAAUCAAUAAAAAUGAAGCUUUUAUCACUACUGGCUACCUCCGUUGAUUUCCAAUGUCUGGCAUUCUUCAUGCCAGCUGCCAGCAGGCGGCACUGUCACAAACAAGUGACGCAAAAGUCAAAGCCACAAGGUCAGUUACUUGUAAAAUAUUUUAUUUUUGUAAAUGCUCCUAAAUCUGUUUCCACAAAUUCCAAAAUUCAUAACACUCUGGAUACUUCAGGAAAAAACAAAAAAA